GGGGUUGUGUUGGGGGUUAACACCUCUCUACCAGAGUUACAAACCCUAGAAACAGAAACAGCCAUGAAAACCCUAGACGAAGCAGAAGUUGGCAUCUUCUGCUAUAUCUCUCAGCUUCCAGGCUUUAGUGGCGUUCUUAAACAAAGGUAUUCUGAUUUCAUUGUAAAUGAAGUAGAUUUGGAGGGAAAUGUCGUUCAUUUAACUAACUUAGAAGCCCCAUCAGAGAUUGCGGAGGAAAAAAAAACAAAGAUGUCUGAUCAGCUGAAUAAAAGUUAUGACACCGAACUUGAAUCAUUUAAAUCCCUCACUAGCGACUCUGAUGCUGAUUGUCUCAAAGCUUUUGUAAAUCAAAUUAGUUCCGGUGUUAAAGACAGUCUCUCACCAAUUGUUCUUUCGCCAAGUUCUGAUAAAUCACAUCGGACGGCAGUGCACAAUUUUUUCAAGGAGCAUUUCACAUUCCUUGUCACAGACACCGUAGAUGGGCCAGACACCUCAUCGAAAUGCAUUCGUGUGUGGUUCAAUGCAGGAGGGAAUAAUGGGAGGGGAAGAAACUCUAGGAAACGGAAAGAUAGGGGUGAUAAGCCUUAUGAUAACAGAGGUUCGGAUAACUGGCCAGACCAUCUCGGCAAGUUCCUUAGGUUCCAUCUUUACAAGGAGAAUAAGGAUACCCAAGAGGCGUUAGGACUGAUUGGAAAGAUGCUAGGGGUUCAGACAAGGUCAUUUGGAUUUGCUGGUACAAAAGAUAAGCGUGCUGUAUCGACUCAAAGGGUAACUGUUUUCAAGCAGCGUGCAAGUAAAUUAGCUGCUCUUAAUGAAAGGUUGUUUGGUAUCAAAGUUGGUGACUUUUGCCAUGUCAAAGAAGGACUUCUUCUUGGGCAGCUGUAUGGGAACCGAUUCACUGUCACAUUAAGGAGUAUUGUUGCAGAUUCUGCAGAUACCAUUAAAGCAUCUGCAGAUGCCUUAGGAAAGCAUGGAUUUAUUAACUACUUUGGUUUGCAACGGUUUGGAAGUGGCUCAGUGCCAACUCACCUUGUUGGAGCUACAUUACUUAGAGGAGAGUGGAGAAAGGCAGUGGAAAUGCUUCUUGAUCCGAGAGAAGGGGAGAAGGAUUCAAUACAGAAGGUACGGGAAUAUUACAAAGAGAGUAAUGAUAUUGAUGGGACCUUGAAGCAGUUGCCCCGUCAUCUGGUGGCUGAAAGAGCCAUUCUGCAGUGUUUGAAGAAAUGUCCCGGAAACUACUUGCAAGCUCUAAAGGCUAUACCGAGAACUCUAAGAAUGAUGUAUGUGCAUAGCUACCAAAGCUACUUAUGGAACCAUGCAGCAAGUACAAGAGUGCAAAAAUAUGGAAUUGACCAAGUUGUGCUUGGAGAUUUGGUGUAUUGUAAAGGAGACCAUAGGGAAAAAGUGGCAGCAACGAUCCAUAAUUCUGAAUGUGAAGAUGAUAGCUGUAACGACAUGAAUGAGUGUAGCCAACUAGAUGAAAUAUGCGAAACAGUUUUCCCUGAGGAAAUAAGCAACUCCGUGAAGGCUAUUGGUGAAGAUGACUUAGUAGCUGGAAACUAUACUAUUGAGGAUGUUAUCCUUCCUAUGCCUGGAUCAAGAGUAAUCUAUCCGCUGAAUGAGAUAAGCAAAAAUUUUCAUGAUUUAGCCAAGAAGGAUGAUAUUAGCUUGACCGAGAGUGUUCAUAGUGUCAAGGAGUUCUCAAUAACCAGUAUGACUGGGGGCUAUAGGCGAGUUUUUCAGAAACCGAUGGACUUUGAAUGGAAACUACUCACAUAUACAGACGGAGACAUACCGCUUGUUGAGACAGAUUUGGAAAUUAUUGCCAAGUCAAGAACGUCAAGUGUGGUCAGAAAAGAGUAUCCAACCGAUGGAAGUGAAGAAGUAAAACUUCCAUCUAACUGCACAAAUCAACAGGAGAGUCCUGAAAAAAAUGCUUCAUCAUCUUCAACGUAUAAUAGCAAGGCAGAAGAUGGUGACAGAGAGGUAGAGGUGCCACAGAAGCCAACUGUAGGUUUCUCAAAUGCUGAGGAAGCGAAGACGGCUCUCCAGUUGAGCUUUACUCUUCCAUCUUCUUGUUAUGCAACGAUGGCCAUAAGGGAGCUGCUUAAAACAUCUACAUCUGUCGCAUUUCACAAAACCUUGAACCAGUAAAAUUGUUGCGGGUAGAAAAACGAAGAUCUCCGCAUAUAAUGGACUUUCUUUCAAUCAUGCAAUGGGGUUCAUUGGAUAAAAUAGAGUGCCUCUGAAACAAGGAAAACUUGAGCAAAACAGGUUAUAUUCUGAGAUCUUGUUGCUUUUUCCUGGAAACUUUUUCGGUAGGCUACAAAUAAAAGGGUUGACGACGGGAGAAUGUAAGAAUCGAUGGGAUGAUUGAUAAGGAAGUCAAAGUCAUAAUUUAUGUGUUCGAUUUUCAAGUUCACUUGAGAUUUUCUAUUAUCAAGAUGUAUUGCAAGUCUGUCCUAAAUUUGUUUCAUCUAUCUUGGAAUGAUUUGUUUCA